GAACGUUGAAACAUGUCGGUUGAUAGUUUAUAUGUAUACCUUGUUUCUUAAACGUAUAAAUGAAAUUUUAGUUUAUCAUACAUAUAUCAAAUAUUGUACAGUAACGGCAAAUAAAAUUUUAAUUGAAUAACUGCUCAACGAGUCGGUCAAUCCAGAUUCCAGUCGGACAACAAUCGUGAACCCUUGUAACAAAAAAUACAUGCUCACGUCUCAUCGCGUCUCCGGCGGUCGCGCGCGUACCGCAAAUCGUGAAUUCUACAAUUCGAAAUUUAAAUUAAGUGGAUAUUCGAAUUUUAAAAAUUUAACAGUGCUGUCUUUGUAGUGAAAGUGUAUUUGGAAACAGUGAAAACUUGAUAAAAGGCUCAAAAUGACAAUUCAAAGAAUGACGAUAACGGAGGGAAGGAAUGUUACCGCCAGAAAUUGUUGCACAAGAUCGGCCAAGCUAAGGACUAAACUGACCAUUGCCGGUUUGCUAGUUCUUGUCAUUUUAUCAGCUUUGGGUGGUUAUUUCGUCGCUAAAUUUGAUUACAAACGAGCCACAAUACCCCAACUUGUGGAUCCUGUUGAGCCCUUUCCGCCUUCAUCAUCAUGGCUUCAUACAUUCAAGAGAGCGGCUGUCUGCACAGAUUCUCCAACAUGUUCCGAUAUUGGGAGGCACAUCCUAUCCAUAAACGGCUCAGCGGUCGAUGCAACCAUCGCAGCGAUGUUCUGCAAUGGUCUACAAAACCAGCAAAGUAUGGGCCUGGGUGGAGGUUUCUUCAUGACUGUAUACAUUAAGGAAGAGGAAAAGGCAUACACUGUGAUCGGCAGAGAGACGGCACCAGCGGCUGCAACAACGGAUAUGUUUCAUGGCAAUGCUGAUAAGGCUAAAAAAGGAGGCCUUGCAGUUGGAGUCCCAGGAGAGUUACGUGGAAUGUGGGUUGCGCACCAGCGGUGGGGAAAUCUGCCUUGGAAAGAUCUAAUCAAACCCACACUGGAGUUCUGCAAAUACGGCUUUGAAAUAACCGGUCCCAAUUAUGAAGGCCUCGAAAGUGCUCCAUACGUCAAACACGAUCGUCAUUUAAGAAAGACAUAUGUAAACAAAGACAAUCAGUUCCACAAGCCGGGCACAGUGGUAAAGCCAAGCGAGGCCUGGUGCAGAACUUUGGAAGUCAUCGCUGAGAAAGGUGGGGAUGAGUUGUACAAUGGCAGCCUCUCUGUUGACUUCCUUGAGGAUCUAAAGGAAGCUGGCAGUAUCAUCACAGCUGAGGACCUUCAGAACUACGAAGCAAAGAUAAUUGAACCACUCGCUGUCCCACUCAGUCAAGGAGACAUCCUCUUCACUCCACCACCGCCAAGCAGUGGUGUGAUUCUAGUCAAUAUUCUUAACAUCUUGAGCGGAUAUAAUUUUACCGCAGAAAGUAUUAAUGGCACAGAUAAUACAGUCCUAACAUACCAUAGAAUAAUAGAAGCUUUUAAAUACGCGUAUUCAACGAGAACGAAACUAGGGGACAUGGAUUUUUUGAAGUUGGAAGAGCUUAUAGCUAAUGUGACGUCUCCGGAAUAUGGCGCCGAAAUCCGCAACUUAGUCAACGACACUAUAACCAGCAACAGCACAUCCCAUUAUGGCGCUGAGGAAUACCAGAAAAAUGAUGCCGGAACAGCUCACAUUUCCGUCAUCGGGUAUAAUGGCGAUGCUGUAUCAUUAACAAGCUCCAUAAAUUACUUUUAUGGUGCUGGCUUCACAACGAACAGAACAGGUAUACUGAUGAACAACGUCAUGGAUGAUUUCUCAUCACCAGGCAUCACCAACUACUUCGGCAUUAGGCCGUCACCAGCCAACUUUAUAAAACCUGGAAAGCGUCCUCUGUCUUCCAUGUGUCCAAGUAUUAUUGUGGACCAAGGUGGUAACGCAAAAAUAGUAAUUGGCGCCUCUGGUGGAACUAAGAUUACCAGCGCUGUUGCUUUGGUUGCGAUCCGUACACUAUGGCUCGGCCAAACGAUAAAAGAAGCAGUUGAUGCACCUCGAAUUCACCAUCAGAUAUUCCCUAUGGAGGUGGCAUAUCAAUAUGGUGUUACAGUGGAUAUACUAAAAGGCCUAAGACGUAAAGGCCACGCUUUAAGAAGAUACGAGGGCAGAGGGUCCAUUGUAUGCGGCCUCUACAGAAACAAAACUGCUAUCUAUGGUAAUGCAGACUAUAGAAAAGGCGGGAAUGUUGCUGGCAUGGACUAAUUUAGUAUUUAUGUUCCAACAAUGCAUUUACUGUGGUUUAACUUAGUGUUUGUAUUGACCGUCUUGAAAUAUUUGUGUUUCGAGAGUGCAAUGAAAAUAAAAUAAUUUCUUAUAUAAACUAAUAAACCUCAACUAGACUAAUAUUUGUCGCAUCUUGUCAAAAUGUCUUAACUACUAGUAUUAUAAUUAUUCACUUUGCGACUUUGUUAGUCUUGCGUAUUAUGUUUUUCCUUCCUGUGCAUUCCAUAAUAUUUGCGGAUAAGAGAAUUAAUUUAUUAGGAAAAUGUUAAUGCAACAGCCAUAGACUACCGUAAUUUUUACACAUAAAAACUUCAUGUAAGAAAUAUGAUCUGAGAAUAAUUACAAAGCUACAAAGACUAAAAAUUCUCAUUAUUUAGAUUAAAAAGCGUUAAAAUAUACUCUUUAGUUUAAAAACAGAAAACGGUAUUUUAAUUAUUUCCCGAAAUGGUUGAAGAGAAGAUUACACAAAGAAGGUAUAAACUGACAAAUAUUUUCUGUAUCAGCUUUGUUAAUACAGAUAACUUAUUAAGUAGCUAUAAGUAUGGUGAGAACAUUCCCUGUGUGAUAAGUAAAUAAAUGUAUUCUUGAUAUUAGGUGUAUGUUAAAUGUUAUAAACAUAGUAUAAUGUUACACUACAGUAUUUAAUUAAUAAUAAUUGUAUGCAAAAUUAAAAACGUCUUUCCUAUUCCUCCGUUUCUAUUCUUUUAACGACACAAUAUUGUUUGUGAUAAAUAUUUCCCUACAUUAGACAAAAUAGAUAUUUAUGGAAUUAUCUAUUAAUAAUUUUGUGUCUUCUACAAAACUAUAAAAUAUAGACAUUACCUGAAAAAUCA